UGUUGUGAUAAACUUAUUAAAUAGAUAAUAUAGUCAGUUUCAUAAUUCUAACUCGAAUAAACCAGAAGAGAUUAUUUGUUGUUCAUAAUGGCCUCAGCAGUGCACAGAAAGAGGCCAGGAGCAGGAGGGAAGAAGCAACGAGCGGCUAGACAGACCAGUAAUGUGUUUGCCAUGUUUGAGCAGACUCAAAUCCACGAGUUCAAAGAGGCAUUUAACAUGAUAGAUACAAACAAAGAUGGAUUCAUUACUGCUGAGGAUUUGAGAGAGAUUUAUGGAAACCUUGGAAAAGAUGUGUCGGAUGAAUUUCUGGCCUCUCUGCUGUCGGAGGCCAGUGGUGCCCAGAUGAACUUCACCAUGUUCCUCACUCUAUUUGGAGAGAAAUUGCAAGGCACAGACCAGAAACAUGUGAUACAGAACGCAUUCGCAUGCUUCGACGAGGAAGGAACUGGUCUAAUCCACGAAGACAAACUGAAAGAAGCCUUGAUGACGAUGGGGGAGAGAUUUAGUGAGGAAAUGUGUGAUGAGAUCCUCCGGGAUGCACCUGUAGAUGAGAACGGGUACCUCAAGUACAAUGAGUUCGCAGAGAUUCUCAAGUCGGGAUCCAAAGAUAAGGACGAGUUGUAAACUACAUUAAGAUUAUGUCAUCCAUCGGCUGUUGCAUAAUGAGUAAUGUUAAAUAAAAAAUGGUUUCUUCCGUAAUGUGACUUCAAAAUUGGCACCGGGCCGUAGAUUGAGUUUGAGAUUGUCGCUUUCUUAAAGUUCAUCGAGUAUCCAAUCAAGAAUCAAGACCUGUAACGGAAGAAACUGUUGUAAUUUGCUACGGCGUUUAACUCUUGUAACGGCCUCUAAUUUAGUUAUAAUAUCAAAAUUGUUGCCUCGAUUUAAUUUAAACAUCUCGUAUACAUGAUUAAAUUACUGGUGCACUUGAAGUGCAGAGCUAAGAUUGUUCAAUAGUUUUAUAAAAUUUUGACUGAUGUUCACCAAAUUUUUGUUAUUAAAGACUUUUCUAAUCAAUUCUUUUUGGCUUC